UCACUUGUGCUAGAGAGUGUCAGUUCGCGGGAAAAAUACCUGUGUAGUUUAUCAAAAUAGCGGGCAUUAGCAUCAGACUAUUAGACAAAAUUAAUACGAGUUUUGAUUGUUGAUCUGUUUUAACAGUAUUCAUUAAAUUAGUUUGCGCUGACAAUUCACCAAGAGUAGGAUGAACCACAACAUUUCCCCGUCUUCGUCCUAACACCCUGUCAGCCCCAUCAUCAGAGCGGCCGGCAGAAGAAGCUGGAUAAAUAGCAGAUCUGCGACUACAACGCCAACGAGACAAAGAAAAAGGCUGACUGCAGCUGCAAGCAGCUAACUUGCUAGCCGAACCACCUCAGUCGCCUGAAAAUGAGUUUCUUAAAUUUGGACAGAUUCCGUUUUGACAAAAAAGCUUCGACGCCGAACCAAGACAAGCACAACGGUUCCAUAAGUCCGGAGUCAGAGAAAGAGAAUAAACCAGUUGCUGCUCGCGUGUCUGUGGCGUCCAAGACCCAGUCCGUUAAAUGUCGAGGAAAGGGAGUCAUGUUCGUCGACGACUCCAACAGUGACACCGAGGAUGAAGCAGACAUUAAUAAACCUAUAAGACAGAUUAAAGAGCCAGUGAAGACAAUAAAGAGGGAGAAAAGGGGGGAGAGGACCCCCGACGAUGGUGGAGACAAGGAGGUGGAGGAGGAGGUGGAGGAGAGAGUGACCCGACUGCUAGACAUGUUUCCUCAGAUACUCAGAGAAGAGCUCUUGGAGGUUGUUCAGAGCACAAGCACUUUGGAGGGGGCUGUGGCAUUGUGCCUCAUGCAACAUGGAGACAAGGAAGAUCUAGAUUCCAACAGGAAGAGGAAGCAGGAUGGGUCUUGUAGUUCUCAGGACAGUGAUGUAGUCCAACCCGCCAAGAAAAGGAGGCCGUCAGUGGAGGAGGACUCGGAACAGGAAGGGGAGGAGCCUAGCUUUGAGAAACAGGAAGCGAUGGUCCGGAAGCUUCAGAGAAAAUUUCAAGACCAGGAUAAGGAGGAGCUCAGGGCGGUUCUGCAAGAACACGGGUGGAACUAUGACGACGCCUUGGAGGUUCUGCGUAUGUUCUCCGAUCAAGAGUCCAGUUUCAGCUCCCCUGAAGUCAAGGAGAAGAAACCAGACAAGAGGCACGAGCCUAGAGACACCAGGGAGUCUAGAGACCGAGUCAGAGACCACAGAGAGUCCAACAGAAGGGACACCAGAGAGUCUAGGAACAGCAAAGAUGGCAACCGAGACACCAGAGAGUCUAGAAACAGCAAAGACUCCAGAAAGGAGAACCAAACCAGCGGCAACUCUCUUCUCUCAACGUGGCUGACGUCCGCACCAGUGUCUUCUGCACCCUAGAAACCCUCUUCCUCCUCCUCAGUCACCCAGAAACUGUCAAAGUUUGCCAGCGCCACGAGCGUGGCGAAGAAGGAGGCGGUGGAGAGGAAGAGGAAGGCCCGGGCGUCGGACGAGCGAGCCGCCAGCUCGGACGACGAGGAGGAGACACAGAGCAGCGAGUUUGAGGGCUCGGAGGACGAGCUGGAGUCAGGCUCGGAGGAGGAGGAGGAGGAGAGGAGGGGGGGGCAGGGCGGCGGUGAGUCGUCGGUGAAGAGCCAGAUCCUGCGCUUCUUCCGGGAGGCGUCGGUGGAUGAGCUGUCGCUCAUCUCCGGCUGUUCCGUUAAGAAGGCCCAGAAGAUAGUGGAGCUCAGACCCUACGACAGCUGGCAGAGCCUGUCAGAGGUGUUCCAGAGAGAACAAGGCCUGUCCCAGGACUUGCUGCAGGGGUGCAAGGUGGUUCUGAAGGAGAGGACCGUGGUGUUGGGCCUCAUGUCCCGGUGUGAGAGCAUCUCCAGCAAGAUGGUGCGGGGGGUCACACAGGUCAUGAACAAGGAGCCGGCCUCCCUCAAACAGCCUGCUAUCCUCAACAGCCAGUUGCAGUUGAAGCCCUACCAGCUGAUUGGUCUGAAGUGGCUCCUCCUCCUACAUCAGCACAAGCUGAGCGGCAUCUUGGCUGACGAAAUGGGUCUGGGUAAGACUAUCCAGGCCAUCGCCUUCCUGGCCCAGCUCCACCAGGAUGGCCUCCAUGGUCCUCACCUCAUCACUGUCCCCUCCUCCACCUUGGAUAACUGGGUUCGUGAGCUGAAGCUGUGGUGUCCCAGUCUGAAGGUGUUGGUUUACUAUGGGUCCGUGGAGGACCGGAGGUACCUACGACACGACAUUCUGAACGACCAGGUGGAGUUCAACGUCAUCGUGUCAACUUACAACCUCGCCAUCGGCAACGACAGCGACCGUAGCCUGUUCCGGAAGCUGAAGCUGGAGUACGCUGUGUUCGACGAGGGCCACAUGCUGAAGAACAUGAACUCUCUUCGCUACCGCCACCUCAUGGCCAUCAAUGCAGAGCAUCGUCUUCUCCUGACAGGAACUCCCAUGCAGAACAACCUUCAGGAGCUCAUGUCUCUGCUGAACUUCAUCAUGCCCAACAUGUUCUCCAGCUCCACCUCGCAGAUCGCCAAGAUGUUCUCCAUGAAACCCUUCGAGGAGCAGAGCAGGUUCCAGAGAGACCGCAUCACUCAGGCUAAACUCAUCAUGAAGCCCUUCAUACUGCGACGCGUCAAAAGCCAGGUUCUGCAGCAGCUGCCAGCCAAGGUGGAGAAGGUGGAGUUCUGCUCCAUGAGUGAGAAACAGCAGCAGCUCUACCAGGACCUGGUGACCAAACUGAAACGCUCCGUCACAGGAGAAAAGCGGGAGCUGUGUAACGUGAUGAUGCAGCUGAGGAAGAUGGCUAACCACCCCCUGCUGCACAGACAGUACUACACCUCAGAGAAGCUCCGCUGCAUGAGCAAGCUCAUGCUGAAGGAGCCGAGCCACUUUGACGCGGACGCGUCCCUGAUCCAGGAGGACAUGGAGGUGAUGUCUGACUUUGAGCUGCACCGUCUCUGUCAGCAGUACUCCACUCUCAGCUCCUACCAGCUGGACACAGAUACCCUGCUGGACUCUGGAAAGUUCCGUCUGCUCACCCAGCUGCUGGCUUCCAUCAUGGAGAAGGGAGACCGGGUGGUGCUCUUCAGCCAGUUCACCAUGAUGCUGGACAUUGUUGAGAUCCUGCUGAAACACUUGAAGCAUCGCUACGUCAGACUGGACGGGUCCACGCCCAUAGCUGACAGAAUCGUUCUGAUCGAUGAUUACAACACCGACCCGGAGAUCUUCGUGUUCCUGCUGUCGACGCGGGCGGGGGGACUGGGCAUCAACCUGACCUCUGCCAACGUAGUCAUCCUGCACGACAUCGACUGCAACCCCUACAACGACAAGCAGGCGGAGGACCGCUGCCACCGCGUGGGCCAGACCAAGACGGUGAAGGUGAUCAAGCUCAUCAGUAAGGACAGUAUUGAGGACUGCAUGCUGACGCUGGGACAGAGGAAACUCAAACUGGAGCAGGACAUGACCGCUGCGGAGGAGGGAGAUGAGGGCAGCAUCCCAGAAGACCUGGCCUCUCUGCUGAAGGCUUCACUCGGUCUGUGACACUGCUGGAGUCUGUCUCCCCACACACACACACACACACACACACACACACACUCAUUACCUCCCCACACACACACACUCAUUAACCCGUCAGUCUCUCACACACGCACCAAACCUCACCAAUCUCACUUGCACACAUACAUGACCCCACUAAUCUCUUCCAAAUCCACUCUCUCACACACACACACACACACUCAAAUCUAAAGACCAGUCUUCACAGGUGAGUCUAAAGACAGUCCUCACAGGUGAGGGGAGCUAGGUUAGGAGCCCUCUCCUGGUCUUCAUACAUACUUGAACACAGUACUUAUCCUCAGAACUACUGGUCAGACUGUACGGAUCUGAACCCAACUGCCUGUAAGGACCUUUCAACAACCAGUGAGGAACUAAUAGCAUUUAAAAUCAGUCUUUAUCAUAGUCAUCUUUUUGGAACGAGGUUGGGGGUCUAUCCGGCUCCCUUCUGACCCGUCCUCGUGCACAGAGCUGGGGUGGAGCGUUGAUGCCUUCACAUGGCCACAGCGCCAUCUAGUGGUGUGGAGGGGAAUAUCAAGCAGCCUUAACCCCCAGCCGUGUCGGUCCAGCUGCACAAACCUACCAAUCGGCUUGAUCGAGGGGGGAGGGCGAAUCGACCAAUGACUGAGGCCUUUGGGGGGAACCAAGCCGGGAACCACUGCAAACCACUCUCGUUUUUUUUGCAAUCCGCAAACCCGUCGGCGCGGUGACCGCGCGAAACCCCAGCCCACAAACACGUCCGCCGACCAGUCGCCUUCGGCCUGAACGCGCCCGUGAAGAUCUGAAGGGGACUGCAUGGGGCCUAGCAACAUUGCUGCGCUUUUGGUUAUUAACAUGUGGAUUUGACCAAUUCAGUUUCUUCUGAAGUUCACAGUGGCAGAGGAUGAGGUUGUGCUGGUGCUGAUUGGGAGAACUGGGCACCCCUUGUAAUGACAGUUGCAUCCUGCAGGGGGGGGAAGAGUUCAGAGCAGUUUUUCGUUUGUGAAUUGUGACUGAUGUGUCGUACUGUAAAACCUUGUUGUUUCCAAACAGUUACUUAUUUGUUUGUAUUUUUUGUAUGUCCCUGUUGUAACAUCGACAGGUUUGCCAAUACUAAUAAUAAAA